UGGCUGCAAACUCAAAUCAUGGUCAAACGGCUUUUUCGUUAAAUCGUUUAUUUAUUUAUUUUUUUCAUUAUUAUUAUUAUUUAUUCAAAUAUUCAACCGUCGUCCGUUUAUACUUUAUAGUGGUUUCACAAAUCACAAUUCUCAUUAAUCGGACUAUUUGGAGACAAUUUCGGACUUCCACUUUCCACAAGAGCAAGUGUGCAAGACGUUACUACUUGAGCAGUGAGCACUAUCAUCAUUCACUAAUUUUUAACCACCUACUUACUGAGUAAUGAGCUACAAGCGUGCGAAUAGAACGUUGUGACAAAAUCAACCUAAGAAUCCGAAAAUUCAAAGAAAGAAACACAAAGUAUCUCACAAUUUGACACAGUUUGUAUUUUUGUUAAUCCUCAAUUAUAUUAUAAUGGCUGUGGUUGGAGUAAACCAUAAAAUUGAAUCUCAAAAUGAAGUUGUCCAACACAUAGAAAAAACUAUGAAAGAAAUUUAUUCUAAACGACCAAAAAAUCAUCAGUGGAAACUAAGUGAUUUUGAAAUUGGAACACCUCUUGGUCGUGGGAAAUUUGGUCGUGUAUAUCUUGCUCGAGAAAAAAAUACAGAAUAUAUGGUUGCUUUAAAAAUGAUGUUUAAAUCAGAAUUAGUAAAAGAUCAUAUGGAACAUCAAGUACGACGAGAAAUUGAAAUUCAAACACAUCUUAGUCACCCCAAUAUUCUAAAAAUGCUGACUUAUUUUUGGGACGAGAAGAAAAUAUAUUUGAUUUUAGAAUUUGCCCAAGAAGGUGAAUUAUUUAAAGUGUUGAACUCGCAGCCACGUAAACGGUUUGAUGAACCAACAGCUGCAUAUUAUUUACGACAAGUAGCUGAUGCUUUAAGGUAUUGUCAUUCGCAAAGUGUUAUUCAUAGAGAUAUAAAACCAGAAAAUCUCCUAUUGUUUAGUCAUCAUGUUAUUAAGUUGGCAGAUUUUGGAUGGUCUGUCCAUGCACCAUCCAAAUGUCGAAACACAAUGUGUGGCACUAUAGAUUAUUUACCACCAGAGAUGGUCGACUCUCAAACAUAUAAUGAAUAUGUUGAUAAUUGGUGUUUAGGAGUGCUGUGCUAUGAAUUCUUGUGUGGGUCACCACCAUUUGAGAGCUCAGAACAGGCAGAGACUUUUAGAAAAAUUCGUGCUGUGAUGUAUGGUUUCAAACCUCAUAUGAGUGAAAGCGCUAGAAAUUUAAUUUCAAAGCUUCUAGUUAAAGUUCCAAAAUCUAGAUUACCACUAACUGAUGUUAUUGAACACCCGUGGAUUAAAACAAAUAGUGAAAUAUUUACUAAAACUAAACUACAAUUAAAAUAGUUUUACUAAUUAUUAUUCAACAUUUUAUUGUAUUUGUUUAAUAAAAAAAAAGUAAUAUUAUUUUCAAACUUAUUAAUAUUAAUUGUACAUAGAAUAAUGUAUUGAUAACAUCUGUUACUAUUGUAAAAAUUGUAUAUACAUAUUAAUUUUAUUACUACUAUUUUUUUUUUUAUGACGUCUAUUUUGAUACUUUAAUAGUUAAUUUAAUUAAAUUGUCCAUUAAAAUUAUUGAAAUUUCAAUAAAAGUGUAAUUGUCCACUUUAAUUUUUAUUCUAUUUCUGUUCAAAAUGUUUGAAUAUAGUGAAACCUUGAGAACUCAAAGGAAUGCCUUAUCCCCUGCUUUACAAUACCUCUAUAUUUUAUAUAUUUUCUGUGAGUUUGACUUUUCGAUAACUCAAAUUUUUUUUUUGCCCCCAACCGAUUUGAGUUAUUGAGGUUCCACUGUACAUAGUUUUUGAGAUAACCUAGCAAUAUGGUCCCAUAUGUGUUGGAUUAACAAGACUUACCGUAUUUUUUAUAAUAUAUUGCAUUAUAUUAUGAAAUAUUUUGUAAUAUUCAAGUGUUUUAAUACAUUUAUAACAAUUUAAUAUUUGUUUUAACUAAUUUUGUAUAAAUAUGUAUGAAAAUCGUACGUUAUUUGUUUUAUAAAAUAACAUUGAUUACCCAAAAAAAAAAAAUAAAACAUUUAAAUUACUAAAA